AUGGUAAGUUACGCUCGAUUUUGUACCUCUUUAAAUGCUGAUCGUCAAACAGGGGAAGUUGAACGUCAAGCAGAGAGUAAGUGUCAAGCAGAGAGAAGUAAGUGUCAAGCAGAGAGAAAGCGUCAAGCAGAGAGAAGUAAGUGUCAAGCAGAGAGAAAGUGUCAAGCAGAGAGAGGAACGUCCUCAAUACUAUUGAAUGAAUCUACAAGUGAUACUUCCGACUUGAUUUGUGGUACCGAGACUACCACUUCCGACUUGGUUGGUGGUACCGAGUUUACCACUUCCGACUUGGUUGGUGGUACUGAGUCUACCACUUCCGACUUGGCUGGUGGUACCGAGUAUACCACUUCCGACUUGGUUGGUGGUACUGAGUCUACCACUUCCGACUUGGUUGGUGGUACUGAGUCUACCACUUCCGACUUGGUUGGUGGUACCGAGUAUACCACUUCCGACUUGGUUGGUGGUACCGAGUAUACCACUUCCGACUUGGUUGGUGGUAUCGAGUCUACCACUUCCGACUUGGUUGGUGGUACUGAGUCUACCACUUCCGACUUGGUUGGUGGUACUGAGUCUACCACUUCCGACUUGGUUGGUGGUACUGAUCUACCACUUCCGACUUGGCUGGUGGUACCGAGUAUACCACUUCCGACUUGGAGUGAGUACCAGGCAGGAUGUAACAAGUACCAGAUUAAUGACUUAGAUGUUUUAAGGUCUGGAGACCAAACCAAUAGCUUUCCUCCAAUGGGCAGAUAUUCUACCAAAGGUCAAAAAUGA